AGCAGCUUUGUCUCAAGAACAACAACAGCGCGUCCCACUACGUCAAAAAUGGAGGAGGAGGAGGAAAAGGGAUUCGCUACUAUUCGAAUAAUUAUGCCGGAGGUUUCACCUCUGGAGGUGGUCCUAUCCUCGUUCCGGCCCCUGUCCCACCUCGUGCAGAGAACAAUGAUCUCAGUAAUGAAGACAAAAGUGAGAGUGGUGGGCAAGACAGCGUCGACGACGAAGGGGGCCAAGCUAUCAUAAAAGACGACAAGAUGAUGAUGAUGAUGGAGGAAAACGAAAGCGACUCGCCCCUCCUCGUCGUCGCCGUCGCGAACAAUAACAAUAAUUCCAAUAACUACGGGAGGUCAAGAAGUCAGCCAAUAACUUGUGUGACUUUCACCACCACAACAAUCUCAAUUCUCAUCUCCAACAAAUGAAUACAAAACCAUUCAGCAAUAAUCAGAGUAGUAAUAAGACUAAUGGCAAAGGAGAAGUGACGUCGUCGCCGUCGCCAUCACCAAACAAUGAGAAGAAUGGCGUAAACAGCAGUUGUAACGGAGGAGCAGGAAACAUGAGCACAUUGGAGAAGCAGGGGAUGAGAAACAAUCUUGUGCAGCAUACGAGGAAUUGGAGGAAUCAUCGCAAUUCGUUAACGUAUCAGUGUUGAAUUUGAAGAGAAGCCGAAUGCGCCCCUUCCGACCUGCGACCUCAUGUCCGGAUAUCAUUUCGGUAGCCACAGCGGAUGAUAAUACGCCCGAGUGGAAAGCCGCCCUGCAGGAUAUUUACGUCUGGAUGCAAGAAAUCUUUGCCCUGGAUCACUUGAAAAAUACUAGAUUCGUUUUGUUCAUCAUGUCGAAUUUUCUCUUGUACAUGUGGUAUGAGAUCCCAUUGACCUUUCUUGCCGACACUGCCACGGGCUUGGGCUACUCGGAAGGAGAAGGAGCCAUGUUGGGAAGUACGAUCGGACUUUUAACCGUUUUCGGAAAUAUAAUUUUGGGGUAUUUGGGGGACAAGAAGUGGGCAAAUUCCGUGACGAUUUAUGGCUUGUGUAUUUCCAUUUGUGGCAUCGUGACUGGCCUGAUGCCCUGCCUCUUUGGAAAGUUGUUCAGCAUGGGGCUCACCUACUACUUCCUCGUCUUGCUCUGCGGAGUCUUUGGCUUGAUGAUUGCGGCAAAUUACUCACUCACACCCGUCAUCGUUCUUCAAGUAACGAGAGAAAAAUCAUAG